AUGGAUUUCAGAACAACUUAUUCAGCAUAUCAGAACAAUUCUAAUAUCGAUGAUCAAUCGCUAAUUCAAGCUUACCAAGAUUAUCAUAAUGCUUAUCAGCAAAAGACAUGCCUUUAUAAUAUUAUACGAGAACACAAGAGAUCUAUUUUAAUUAUUUAUAACACUGAAACUGAAACCCAAGAAAUAAAAAUCUUGAAGACUUCGCAACCAAUAGACCAAUGAACUUGCGUAGCUCAACUUCCAAAUGGUAAGCUAUUCUGUUUUGAUCAUCGUCGAGUUUCUGGAAUUGCAGUGCUAAUUGAUAUGAAUGGCGAAGUCAAAGUGUUGCCAUCUGGAACUUCUUGCAAAUACUCAUCAUGCAUCUAUUUCAACAACAGCGUCUAUUGCUUUGGAGGAUUUUCUAAUCGUUUUUUAACUCUAUCUAGUAGAUUUGAUUUAUAUCAAAAUCGAUGAAUUCAGUUAGCUCCAAUGCCAAAAGCUGAUGAAACGUGUAAUAGUGUAAUAUUUAAUGGGAAUAUUUUGAUUUCUGGAUAUAGAAGCAAAAAUCUUUUUUUAUAUUCAAUCGAUAUUAACUCUUUCUCGACGAUUACUUAUGAAUUUGGAGCAAUCACAAGAAAGGUUCUGAUAAGUGCAGAGAGACUGUACUUGAUUGAAUUCGGUGGAUCAAUCUAUGAAAGCGAAAUUGGAAGUUACAUGAAUUGGAGACGACUAGUAGACUUAACAAUCAUAAAUCCCAGUCAAGUGUAUUGUGUAUAUAAUAAAGGAGGAAUAUACGCUGGAUUAGACAGAGACCAUUACUUCAAGUUUGAUUUGAAUGAGAAGAAAUUGAUUGCUUUAUAA